AUGCAUACAACGGCGAAACAACUCCUGAGAUGGAAAUUCUCUUGCAUCCUCGUACUCUUUGUGCUCGUCUGCUUCUGUCAUUCACCACUAACCAAAGGAGAGAAUCUGAUUGAUAACACACCGCUGUUGAUGGCUCUUAGGGACUCAUUUAUCGGUAAAAAAGAAGCCGUUUCUAGUUGGUUCAGCUCCGAGACUUCUUCUCCAUGCAAUUGGACUGGAAUCCGAUGUGAAGGUCUAUUAGUGAACGAAAUAGAUUUGUCAUUCACAGCAUCACCUCUGAAUCUUCCGUUUCCUCGGAUUAUUAGUCAGUUCACGUCCCUUAAGCUCCUUAAUCUCAGCCACUGUGGCUUUACCGGUCAGAUUUUUCCGGGGCUUUGGGAUUUGGAGAAUUUGGAAGUUCUUGAUCUUAGUGACAACAAAUUGUCAGGAACACUACCUGACAGUAUGGGUAAUCUGAAGUGCCUCAGACAACUUAUUCUCGACGAAAACAAUUUUUCAGGCAGGUUACCGUCUACAAUUGUUCGACUUACAGAGCUUCGGGAACUGUCUCUACAUUCUAACUCAUUUUCCGGCAAUCUCCCAGAAGAAGUUGGAUUCUUACAUCAAAUACAGUCCCUAGACAUAAGUAACAACAUCUUCUCAGGGGCUCCACCAACAAGUUUCGGUAAUCUCACGAGGCUCUUGUUCUUCACUGCUCGACAGAACAGUUUUACAGGUCCUCUGUUACAUCAGAUUAGAAAACUGAGGAAGCUUCAAAUUCUAGACCUUUCUUUCAAUUCCUUUUCUGGAACUAUACCGUCCCUGAUUGGAGAUUUGAAAGGUCUCAGGGUACUUAAUCUACAGAGCUGUGGAUUUUCUGGAAGUGUUCCAGAAGGAAUUUCAAAGCUGAAGAGCUUGACUUAUCUGAACUUGGCACAUAAUGAUUUUAGUGGAGACCUUCCUUCGAGUAUCGGGAGACUAGUUAAUCUUGUCUACCUCAUUGCUUCAAACUCCGGGCUAGCUGGACAAAUACCCUCUGAGUUAGGUGGCUGCCAGAAGCUCAGAACUAUUGAUUUGUCUUUCAAUUCAUUGAAUGGCCCAUUACCCGACAGCCUGGCACGGUUAGAUUCGAUCAAUUCAUUCAACCUCAACACAAACCGUUUUUCGGGUCCUGUUCCUGCAUGGAUUUCAAACUGGAAGAAAGUUCAAUCUCUGAUUAUCUCACAGAACUUGUUCAGUGGGCCCCUACCGCCGCUUAACCUCCCUUCACUCUCGCUUUUGGAUGCCAGCGCUAACAUGCUAUCGGGUGAGCUUCCGGCUGACAUAUGCAAUGCCACGACACUGAACACUCUAUUGUUAUCCCACAACAACUUUUCUGGCACUAUUGGGAAUGCUUUCAAGGACUGUCUGAACCUCAUGGACCUGAUCUUGUCUGAAAAUAAUAUCUCUGGGGAACUUCCGGGCUACCUCGGGAAACUUCAGCUAAUCAACUUGGAACUAUCAAUGAACAGACUCUCAGGCGAGAUUCCGGAUCAGCUCUGGGAUUCACAAACGCUUUUGGCGAUCUCAUUGGAUGAUAAUUUGCUUGAAGGCACAUUAUCAGAAGCAGUUGCCAAAAUCUCGACGCUGGAGAGGUUGAAACUGGACAAUAAUUUAUUCAGAGGAAACAUCCCUGCUGGCAUCGGCAAGCUCAAGAAUCUUACUAAUCUGUCCCUGCAUGGUAAUAAGCUAUCCGGAUACAUACCGUUGGAGCUUUUUGAGUGCACGAAGCUCGUAUCUGUGGAUCUGGGUGCAAAUGAACUUGUGGGCCAGAUACCAAAAUUGAUAUCCGAAUGGAAAUUGCUGGACAACUUGGUUCUCUCGGAUAACAAACUUUCUGGUCCAUUACCCGAGGAGAUAUGCUCCGGUUUUCAGAUGGUACCUUUGCCGGACUCUGAGUACGUCCAGCAUUACGGGUUGCUUGAUCUGUCGUACAACAAACUUGAGGGCCCCAUUCCUCCUGCAAUCGGACAUUGCUUUGUCGUGAAAGAAAUCCGUUUGCAGGGAAAUAAGCUUAACGGGGGCAUCCCUGACGAGAUAGCAUCACUCCCAAACUUAACAUUGAUCGACCUCUCGUUCAACUUUCUAUCCGGUCCAGUUUUUCCCCGGUUGUUCUCGAUGAAGAACCUUCAAGGACUCAUACUCUCGCAUAAUCGGUUAGAAGGCUUAAUUCCUGAUAAAAGCUGGUCAAGACCGUCGAGUCUAGCCAAACUUGAUCUGUCGAGUAACUGCUUCACAGGUCCACUGCCAUCUUCUCUAUUUAUCUUAAAACAUUUGACAUAUUUGGAUCUCAGCAAGAAUUCUCUUUCGGGCAUCCUAAACAUUAACAUCAAUGGCACGAGUACCCUCUUGGUUCUGAACGUGAGCAACAACCAGUUAAGCGGCAUAAUUGAUGACUCUAUCUCAAAUCUAGCAUCUCUAUCCGUGUUAGACCUCCACAACAACAUGAUCGAUGGACACGUACCAGAAUCGCUCUCGAACCUUGCUGACUUGACUUAUCUCGAUAUAUCGGCAAACAAUUUUCAUGACACCUUUCCCUGCAACAUCUGUACAAUACAAGGCCUCAUGUUUGCCAAUUUCUCUGGAAACAGCUUCACUGGCCUGUUCCCGAAUUCUUGCGUUGAUAAAACACCGUGCAUUAUGAGCCCCACAUUUCUUUCCAAGAGGCAUAUCUCCCUGUCUAGUUUGAUUUUAACACGUGCCUCGCUGUUUGGUAUUGCAUUUGGCAGCAUAGCUGUUUUUGUUCUUUUACUGAUCAGUCUUCUCCGAAAAUGCAACAACACUCAAAACUUAUCUACCGACAGCAUGAGGUGUAAGCAGGUAACGACUUCACGUGAGCCGACAUCCCGUGAGGAGCUUCUUGUAAAGAAAAAAACAAAGGAGCCCUUGAGCAUUAACGUUGCGACUUUCGAGCACUCUCUGUUGAGGAUAAAAGCUGCCGAUAUCUCGUCGGCCACCGAAAAUUUCAGCAAGAGCUACAUUAUUGGGGACGGCGGGUUCGGCACGGUGUACAGAGCGUGUUUACCAGGCGGACGUGUAUUAGCUGUGAAAAGGCUCAACGGUAGCCACUUGCACGGCGAACGCGAGUUUCUUGCCGAGAUGGAGACCAUUGGGAAGGUCAAGCACGAGAACCUCGUCCCGCUGCUCGGCUACUGCGUGUUUGUGGACGAGAGGUUCUUGAUUUACGAAUACAUGGAAAACGGGAGCCUCGACUUCUGGCUGAGGAACCAGUCAGACGCUGUCAGGUGUCUCGACUGGCCGACCCGCUUCAAGAUCUGUCUCGGCUCGGCCCGCGGGCUCGCCUUUCUGCACCACGGAUUCGUCCCUCACAUAAUCCACAGGGACAUCAAGUCCAGUAACAUACUCCUCGACAGGAACUUCGAUGCCCGCGUGUCGGAUUUCGGGCUGGCCCGUAUAAUAAGCGCAUGCGAGAGCCACGUAUCGACUGUGCUGGCCGGGACGUUCGGUUAUAUACCGCCGGAGUACGGGCAAGCCAUGGUGGCCACGACUAAGGGAGAUGUGUACAGCUUUGGAGUGGUGAUGCUCGAGCUCGUGACUGGGAGAGCUCCCGUAGGACAGGCUGACGUGGAAGGAGGGAAUCUAGUCGGGUGGGUCAGGUGGAUGGUUGCAAAUGGGAGGGAGGAUAAAAUUGCCGACCCGUGCUUUUCGGGGUUAGUCAUGUGGAAGGAUCAGAUUUUACGUGUACUUUCGAUUGCGAGGUCGUGCACGAGUGACGAGCCGUGGAGGAGGCCGACCAUGUCUGAGGUUGUUAAGCAGUUGAAGCAGGCAAAGGUUGUGAUGAGGAUUGGGGGCUGA